AUGGCCUGGCGGGCUGCCCCUCAGAAUCUCGUAUUGUCAGCUCCGAGUUUAAUUCCUCCCGCUCGUCUGCAUACGCCUGACCCCAGCUUGGUCCUCCGAACUAGUUUAGUACUCCAAUCGGUAUCCCCCCUCCCCGACUUUUCAUCCAGUAAUAUUAACUUAGAAUUACCCCGUGUUGGCGCUGGAAAAAUUAGAGAAACCUCCCUCCGGCGCAAGCUUGCGCUAUGGCUUGAUGGCAUUUUCUGGCGUGGUGAAGUUGGAGGAGCACAAAAUAAUUGGAUCGUCAAACGAAAAUAUUCUGCCUCAUGUGAGCUUCCUUCUUGA